GCGGCAUCCGGCCGCUCAACAUUCCCGCACCUAACUAACCUAUACCUCAGAGUUAUAACCUAACAUUCCUAAAAAUAAUCAGGACAUUACCCAACAAAACAAAGAAAAAAGAAAAAGAAACUAAAUAUUAUAUUUCAUAACCUAAUAAAAUUAUUAUGGUACUAUUAAAAGAACGAUUAAAAGACUAUUAUUAUUAAUUAUUACGUGUAAAAGGACUAAAUAUAAAGUGAAUUUAUUGUGAUAUUAAAAACGUAACAAGGAGUGAAUAUCCUGCGGCCUAGUUAAUAAAUUUCAUUUCGUUUCAUUUUACGGCUGUUCGGAGUGUUUGGUGUGGUCUGGUCCUUGAUCAGUGUGUGUGUGUAGACGUGUGUAGGUGUUCGGUGGCGUGCCGGCUGAUCGAUAAGAGAGGCGCAGGACUCGGCGUCGCGCCGCAAGGACGAUAACUCACACCGACUGCGCGUACUACUGGUAGUAGUACCAGCAGUGCUCGAAUGAUGAAUCAGCUGAUUAUUAAUAACCAACACCUUUGACUGUUAGUCAUUGUCCUUUAAGAUUCCGUCAAUUUCUAACCUCCCAAAAGAAACUAUGACGUAUACGACGUUUUACCUCAAUAUUUAAACUUCUUCGAUAACUUAGAUCGAUAAAUAUUCAACGUAAACGAAGUGAAUUCCAAUUUGUGAAGAUGUCGGGAGUUUUAUUGGAAUCUAGGCCAUUCCGGCCCUUCAAAUCCAGCGAGGAGUAUCUCUUUGCCAUGAAGGAGGAUCUUGCUGAAUGGUUACAGAUGCUCUACCCUCAUCUGCAGAUCAAUAUUGAGAACUUCAUGGAGAGAUUGGAGACGGGAGUUGCGCUGUGUGAGCACGCAAACGCAGUUAAAGUCCAUGCAGCUGAAUACGUCCGUAGAAAGGAAGCUCGCCGCCUCCAGAUGACAAAGUCGACGACAGGUAGCCUCGCGCAGGCGCAGACACUCGUUGAAAUACCGGAAGUCAAGUACCGCUCAAGUGCCAAGGCGGGCACGUUCUUCGCCAGGGACAACCUGAGCAACUUUAUUCAAUGGUGCCGGGAAUGUUUGAAAAUCCUGGAAUGUUUACUCUUCGAAUCGGAUGAUUUGAUCAUGAGGAAGAAUGAGAAGCAUGUCAUUCUGUGUCUUUUGGAGGUUGCACGACGUGGUGCUAAGUUCGGAAUGUUGGCUCCGAUGCUGGUUCAAAUGGAGCGUCAAAUUGAUAGGGAGAUUGCUGCUGAUCAGAGGAUGCAGGCGAGCAUGAUGUCGGAAGCCAUUGAGGAGAAUAAUCAGGCUGAUGAUGAGGAGAGCGAUAGUGAAAUGGAGGAUGAACAGCCUAUGAUGAUGUAUGGACCUAUUCCACAGAUUGUUACCAAUGACUUGAAAAGUCUGGAUGAAAUGGUGCGUGACUUAGUCGAACGAUGCACUUGCGCAACACAAUUCCCUAUGAUUCGUGUAUCUGAGGGAAAAUACAAGAUUGGAGAUACCAAAGUGCUGAUUUUUGUUAGGAUUUUGAGAAAUCACGUUAUGGUGCGUGUUGGAGGCGGCUGGGACACACUCAGUCAUUAUUUAGACAAACACGAUCCAUGUAGAUGUCGCUCACAGCAUCGUGUCAUGCAGGGUGCCAAACUUGUGAAUCGUAUUGGGGUGGAUCUUCAUGGUGCACAGGUCAUUUACGAUAGAUCUGGUAUUGGAAACAACUCCACCCCUAACAACACCCCCGGCGUGAACACAUCACCAUCAAAAGCCUCCCUAGGCCCACCCAUGAACGCCCUCAACCGUUCUCGUUCUCGCUCCCCAUCAACCUACAAUCAACACUUUGAUCGUCGUUCAGCGAGUCCUUACACUCAACGUAAAUCACUCAUGCCCAUUCCAGCAGCAAACCGUUCUCGUUCACCAACCCCCAACUUUGUCUCCACCCACACGACCAAACUAUCCAGCCCCAAAAAGACCUAUUCCAACAUUCGAGGUGACUCUGGUCCGCAAUCACUCCCACCUACAUUUAGUGCAACAAAACCACGCCAUCCGAGUAAUCACGUGACACAUCUACAACUCCCAUCUGCCGAAGCCACGCCCACGAAGUCUUCAAUCAAAACAGAGGCGGUGUUAAUGGUUACCGGAUCGGGUGACAGCACUGAUCACAGUGAUAAUGCUUCGGAGGUCUCCGAUGAAGGUUACAGGAGUUUAGGGAUAAUAGGUGAUAAGAAACAUAGGACGUCAGUGCAUAGUCAGAAUAGUAUUGAGGAUGCAGAUGAAAUAGAGCGUCCGGUACAAUCCGAUCAGGAUCAAGACUAUGACACAAAUGACUGUGGUUUAAGGAAGACCGCAUUUUCAUCCCUUAUUUACGGUGAUGCUAACCCCAUCAUACCACCCACAAUAAGAAAGUCACCUGAAAAACCCAUCAAACUCUCCAAAAAUCUUUCUGUAGUUAACCUAGUACCUUCCACACCAAAGGUACCGCCCUCACCGAAAAAGUCCGCCUCCUCGUCACGCCUUAACCUAACCCUCAACGGUAACGCAAACGUGAAUAACACAUGGAACGGCCGUCAACGGUCACGCCCUUCACUGACCAAUGAAACAUUCAUACCACAUCAACAUCAAUUCGCACGUAACUCCCCGGGGCGGAGCACAUCAGUACCAAAAUACGAUAAUAAUGGCCGCAGGGUUUCACAAUCAGCUUCUACAUCACCCUCGAAAUGUAUCAAGGAUGAUCUCGCUCAAAUCCUACACAUGGAUAACGAAGAAGUGAUUUUGAUCGAAAUGAAUAAAUUGCUGCAACAAUAUAAAUUGUCAAUGUAUGAGGAUGAGACUCAGACGCGCAGGCGCAAAGAUUCCAAACCUGAGAAUGCAGUUUCCAGGAUACCUGCGCCUGUCAUGAAUAAAUGACGUUGGUCUAUACGCAAAGAAGGAAUAAACAGGAAGUAAACUAUUUCAGAAGUAGACUUAAGUAGUGAUGUCAUGAUCAUUAUCAACAAAUCGAAUUUUAAUUCUAUCUGCUCAAAAUUUAUAUUUUUAAAUUUAUUAGAGAGAUGAACAAUGUAACCCCAAGACGCCUUACUAGUAUUAGCAACAAUUUUAACAACAAAAUCAACACUAUUUAAACAAUCACUCCUGAUAAAAACUAAAGAUGGCGCUUGAACAAAAUAUUCUGCAACACGCUUUGCAUGUAAAUGUCAUAAUGAUAAUUUCAGCCGUUGUACAUUUUAUGAUUAUUAUUAUAUUAUUAUUAAUUAAUUGUUAUUAAUUAAGGGUGCUAAUAUCGCUUCUAACUUAUAAGUCUUAAGUUGUGACGCUAUAUAAAAUGAUAUAUAUUAUUGUUAAUCUUAUUAUUAACAAAGCGAUUAACAUUAACUGUUAAGUUCGGUAUUUAUAUUGUUGUGCAAACACGGACACACUGUAUCUCUUUAAAAUGUUGUGUUUGAUGACAAUGCUAACAAGAAUGUUAAAUGUUUAGUAUUAUCACUAUGUUGUAUUACCAAUAUGCGCUAAACUAUGAUAACACAUUUGUAUUUACCAUUAUUUUGUUUAAAUUUUUGUUUAAACUGAGAGGAGAGUAGAGGUUAUUAAGCGUAAAAUUACAUUUGUUUAUUAACCAAGGA